AUGUUUGAUCUUUUUAAAGGUGUUAGUGGAGGUCCUUAUGGGGUGACUUCUGACAACGUGUCUCCAUGUGCCUUGAGAGGGUCAUCAGUGGUGUUUGGAUGUAGCUAUGAUUACCCCUCAAGAGACACUGUCACGAAAACCAUCUGGUUCGGUAUGGAGAACAACACAUGGACGGACCUCUUUCAGAACCAGGCAUAUAGUGGGUGUGUAGAAUACCUUGGCAACAAUAUGCACAACUGCACAUUGAGAAUAAGUAACUUAAGACCGAGUGAUGCAAAAAAAUACCACUUCAGAUUUCUGACAGACCAUGAUAAAUGGUCGGAUCCAAAAGGAGUUGUGUUGUCAGUAACAGGUAAUGUUGAAAUUAGUCAAAUUGUUAUAAUAUUCAUUAUCAUGAAUAGGCUACAUAAGCUGUUUCAGUGACAUCCUGCCUGUUUCUUGCUCCUCUCUACCAGGGCUGACAGCUGUAGUCAACCCUGCCACUGUGAGAGAGGGAGAGAAGGUGACACUAACAUGUGCCACAACCUGUACACUGAGUGACCAUCCCACUAUUGCCUGGUUCAGGGAUGGACACUCAGUACCCAACACCAAGUUCCUGGCCAGCAUUCAGGAUGCUGGCAGCUACCAAUGUACUGUUCAAGGUCUCUCCUCUGAUCCAGUGUCUCUUGAUAUACAAUGCAAGUAAAUACCUGACCUAAUUAAUGUGAGCAGAUCAUGUUAUGUGUAUUCGAGCAGCUAUCUACGUUCAAAGCUCUGCACCAAGGAUGUGCUGAUUCUGAAAUGUGUUCAUUUCAUUGCAUUAUGUUGCAAAGAAAGUUAAAUGCAAGGUCUGUUAUGAAUUUCUGGUAAAAUAAUAGGAGUGAUUUUGAAAGAAGGAUAUUGAUGAAGUAGUGCUCUCACAUAUCAGCCUUUGUCAGUUUGCUCUGAAUGAUAACGGCAGUGUCUAUUUUCUGAGUGUGCCUGUGUGUGUUUACAUUGUGGUUACUUGUAGGGGAAGUUAAGCAAAGUUUGAGGAUGGCGUUCAUGAUGACAGGGUAUGGUGAGAGAAAAUAACACAGUGAACUAUAGGCUACUAAUGGAAUGCAAUGAAAAUAUUCUGACCCAUUAGAUAUACUGGAACCACUCAUGAGGAUGAACGUUCAGUGUUAUAAUGUUCUGAAAUAUACAGGCAACAUAAUGUGUGGUGAGAGGUACUAUAGUAAUGUUGUUCUAUAGAGAAAUGCUCAACAUUACUUCCUCUCCUACAGAUGCUCCAAAGAAUGUCAUAUUGUCUGUCAGUCCAUCUGGAGAUGUUGUUAAGGGUAUCUCAGUCACUCUCACCUGCAGCUGCAGUGCAAACCCCCCUGUGUUGAGCUACAUCCUGUAUGAGGAGAGUGGGCAGGGCUCUACCGUUGUGGCAUUACAUUUACAUUUACAUUUACGUCAUUUAGCAGACGCUCUUAUCCAGAGCGACUUACAAAUAGGUGCAUUCACCUUAUAGCCAGUGGGAUAACCACUUUACAAUGUUUUUUUUAUUUGUAUUUUUUAUUUUUUGGGGGGGUGGAGUAAAGGGGGGGGGGGGGGGGGGGGGGGGGUAGAAGGAUUACUUUAUCCUAUCCCAGGUAUUCCUUAAAGAGGUGGGGUUUCAAAUGUCUCCGGAAGGUGGUGAGUGACUCCGCUGUCCUGGCAUCGUGAGGGAGCUUGUUCCACCAUUGGGGUGCCAGAGCAGCGAACAGUUUUGACUGGGCUGAGCGGGAACUAUGCUUCCGCAGAGGUAGGGGAGCCAGAGGUGGAUGAACGCAGUGCCCUCGUUUGGGUGUAGGGACUGAUCAGAGCCUGAAGGUACGGAGGUGCCGUUCCCCUCACAGCUCCGUAGGCAAGCACCAUGGUCUUGUAGCAGAUGCGAGCUUCAACUGGAAGUCAGUGGAGUGUGCGGAGGAGCGGGGUGACGUGAGAGAACUUGGGAAGGUUGAACACCAGACGGGCUGCGGCAUUCUGGAUGAGUUGUAGGGGUUUAAUGGCACAGGCAGGGAGCCCAGCCAACAGCGAGUUGCAGUAAUCCAGACGGGAGAUGACAAGUGCCUGGAUUAGGACAUGUGCCGCUUCCUGUGUAAGGCAGGGUCGUACUCUCCGAAUGUUGUAGAGCAUGAACCUACAGGAUCGGGUCACCGCCUUCAUGUUAGCGGAGAACGACAGGGUGUUGUCCAGGGUCACGCCAAGGCUCUUCGCACUCUGGGAGGAGGACACAACGGAGUUGUCAACCGUGAUGGCGAGAUCAUGGAACGGGCAGUCCUUCCCCGGGAGGAAGAGCAGCUCCGUCUUGCCGAGGUUCAGCUUGAGGUGGUGAUCCGUCAUCCAUACUGAUAUGUCUGCCAGACAUGCAGAGAUGCGAUUCGCCACCUGGUUAUCAGAAGGGGGAAAGGAGAAGAUUAGUUGUGUAUGGUGGCUGUCUCACAUCCAGGGGACAGUGGAUGGUUCUACUGUAAUGCCACAAACAGUAUCAGCACAGUCAGAUCUAAUGUAACUAACCUUGAUGUUCAGUGUGAGUAUUGGUCGUUUAAUUGACCAUCAGAAUUCAGUGGAGGCUGCUGAAGGGAGGACGGCUCAUAAUAAUGGCUGGAAUUGAGUGCAAUGGCUGGAAGGGAGUGAAUGGAAUGGUAUCAAACACAUGUGUUUGAUACCAUUCCAUUCACUCCAUUCCGGCCAUUAUUAUGAGUCGUUCUCCCCUCAGCAGCUUCUACUGUCAGAACUUAUGAGCUAUAGGCCAACAAGACAGUGGUGCCAGUAAGACAUUUGGAUACAAUGUCUGUGAAAGAACACUAUCUUCCCCAGUGUACAAUUUGUUGUCACUUUCAGACCCUACUGAGGACACCUCUGUGUCAGUCAGUCCCUCUGGUCCAGUGGUAGAGGGCAGCUCUGUGAAUCUAACCUGCAGCAGCCAUGCUAACCCAGCAGUGAGCUACACCUGGUACAGAGUCAAUGGUAGCACCCCUGUCCAGUCAGGGACUCAGUUGUUAUUUGAGGCUGUCUCUCCUGCUAACUCAGGGAGGUAUUACUGUGAGGCAUGGAACAAACAUGGAGCCCUCAACUCAUCAGUCCUGGUCCUUAAUGUUCUGUGUAAGUUAAGUCUGCUUGUGGGGAUGUCUGUUUUUUGUGCUAAGUUGUGUGUGCUUGCUUGAUAGGGAAGCAGGUUGUUAAAACGUUAUGUUGUUGAGCAAGAGACAGUGUAAUCUCCAACAUACUGCAAUGGUUUUAAUCUACAGUGAAAUAUAAAUGAAAUUAACACAACCAUGUUGGCUAGAACCGAUUGGAUUAAUAAUUACUAAAUAUACAGAAGAUAUGACCUUUUAAAUAAUGUUUGCUUGCUUUAGAUGCCCCAAAGAACACCUUGGUGUCAGUCAGUCCCUCUGGUCCAGUGGUAGAGGGAAGCUCUGUGAAUCUGACCUGCAGCAGCCACGCCAACCCAGCAGUGGAGAACUACACCUGGUUUAAGAAGUAUGGAGCAGACACCUCACAGACAGGGUCAGGAGAAGUAUUGAGAUUGACCUCUCUAAUCUCAUCUGACAGUGGACAGUUCUUCUGUGAGGCCAGGAACAGAGAAGGGGCUCACAACUCUACUGUGCUGUCUCUGAUCCUGCAGGGUCAGUAUGGAAGCAAAUGUUAUGUCCUCCUGUCUAGGCAAAUGUCCUGUUGUCAUGAACCGAUAUAUAUCAAGUGGGAAUUCCCUUGACUUGAAUGUAUUGCAUUCAUGUAUCCUGUGUCAUUUUCAGAUACAAAUACUGUCCAAAUGCUAGUUUACAUUGGUUCCGCGGCCACAGUUUUCAUGGUGAUCAUACCUCUUGUGUUCCUAUGGAUGUGGUAAGUCUAGCAACAUUGUGUACUCAGUUCAAUAUCAUAAUGCAGAGUAUGAUGGCCUUGUGGUACCUGUUUGUUCCCCCAAAGAAGUGUGUUUUCUUUGACAGGAAGAGCCCGUUCAAAUUAUGUCAAAAGACUGCUGUGGACAAAGAGGUCAGUAAAACCACAUAUACACUCUAAUUAACAAUACCAAUAGCAUGUCAGUGCAACAGUGUUAUCUGGAGGUUCAUGGUAUUUGAACAACGUUCAAGCGCAAGCUUCCAUUCUUCCCCGGUAACACGAUACUUAGUUUAACCAAUGGAUGAAGCUACAGUGAGUAGUCAAAAUAUCAAACAUUUUGUAUUGUUUUUGACUGAUUCCAUAUUUCAGGAUGAUCAAAACCCAGUCUUAUCCAGUAGAAGGACCAGUAACGAGCCAGCAAUUCAGGAAACUAGAACGGAGGAACAGGAAAAUGCCCUCUAUGCCAACGUUCAACUCCCUCCCUCUCACACCCACCACCAAGACAGUUCUCUGUACUCUGUGGUCCAGCCACCACCUCCACAGAACCCUCCAGACCCUCAUUACGCUACCUUUGACUUCGAGCAGUUCCAUAGCUCCAUCGACAGGGCCCCACACUCAGGACUCCAUGGGGAUAAUGUUGUAUACUCCACGGUGAAAGCCAGACAGGCCAACGUGACAGACAACCUCCAGUACGCCAGCAUCCAGUUCCCCCUCCCCAAUCCUAUUGCC